AAAAAGAAGGAGAGAGGGCACUGUUCAUCAUCUCUGAUCUCCGUCGAACAAAGGAGUGGCGGRUUAGUCUCCCACUCUUCGGUUUCUUUCAUUCUUUUGUUUCAUUCACUCCCUCCUUCUUCUCCUUAUCCCUUUCCACAUUUCUCUCCGGUCGUCAUCUCUCCUUUCAUCUUCCCACUGGCGGAAGUGGAAGAUUUGYAGCGGUGGAUCUGAAUUCGACGACAUUCUCGAUCUCAGCAGACCCCUUUYAUCUCCGAUUUUUAUUUCACACUCUCUCUUUCUCCGUCAUUAUGUUUCCUUCCCUAUCAUUUCCCCCCUCUCCUUCGUCACCUCUGGUCUCCUCAACUCGUUCCCCAGGCCCUGUUUGAUCCAUUGAGCUAGCAGAACCAACCACAGUAGAGGCUACUUGGAUCUAUCUUCUCACAGUCUCCGACAAGAUCCCCACCUCAAGAGAUUACUUCUGAACUAUCCCGCUGAGUUCCUAUCCAUAAAGAUCAKUGUUUGCAGCAUCUAAAGGAGAAAGAGGUUAAGAACAUUGUGGUACCGUCUCCUUUUUUCCGUCGGCUAAUUCCAGGCUCAAACAUAAUUAGGACUUGAAGUCUUAGAAAGUGAUUGGGAGUGGCCAUGAGGCGAAUGGAAUAUACCUGCUGGAUACUCUUGGACAAAGCCAAUGACAACCUGGGAAAGCUGUUUUUGAAUCUACCUCCAGAGUUCAGAGUCUUUUAGUCGUGUCAUGUUAUGUCAUUUUCGUUCGGGUCAUUUAUCUUUUUCUCGUUUGAGUCAUUUAUUUCCAAAAUUGUUUAAGGGAAUUAAUUUGUUCAACCUUCACUAUGAGUCCUGUGAGUUAUCAAAACAUUGUAUAAACAAUUAUCCUUUGAGUAAUAAAAGAUCAUCCUCUCCAUUUCAUAUUGUGCAAUCUGAUGUGUGGGGGCCAUACCACUACCCUCUAUGGGAGGUUAUAGAUAUUUUAUUUUGUUCAUUGACGAUUUCUCUCGAUAUACUUGGUUAUUUUUGAUGAGAUCCCAAGAUGAAGUUCCCAAGCUUGUGAGGUAGUUCCAUGAAUUUGUUAUUCACUAGUUUGAUACAAGAAUCAAAACAUUCAGUUUUGAAAAUGCAAAAGAAUAAUUUGAGAAAAAUCUAACCUAUUAUCUCACUGAUUUUGGGGUCGUUCACCAGAUUUCUUUUGUUUGUACUCCAGAACAAAAUUUAGUAGCUAAGAGGAAGAAUCGUCAAAUAGUUGAAGUUGCAAGAAGCAUUUUGUUUGCCUCACAUGUCCCUACAAGAUUUUGGGGGGAUGCUUUUCUCAUUGCAACCUACCUAAUCAAUCAUAAUCCAUCCAAAGUGUUGGGUUUUAAGUCCCCCUUUAACCUCCUUCAUCUGGGUAAGGGCCUUUUUCCUAUUCUCCUUCGUGUCUUUGGCUGUAUUUGUUAUGUAUACAUUUUUAGUGCCUAGAGACAUAAAUUUGAGCCAAAGGCUCAUAAGUGCAUAUUCCUUGGUUAUGCCUCCACAAAGAAGGGUUAUUACUGUUUUGAUCCUAACAUUGGAACUCGUUAUGUUUCAAUAAAUGUUAUGUUUGAUGAGUCCACUCCUUUCUAUGAUUCUACUUUGAGGAAGCAUUAUUCGAAGGGGGAGAAUUUGUCACAGUUGUUUGUACUCUCCCUUCUUGUCCCUAUUGAGUCUCUUAUUCUUGAAGAGUCAAGGGGGGAACAAUCAUCUUCAGUUCCUUCCAAUAUUUCUAUUCCUCCUCCAUUACCUCCUCGUCCCCUUUUUAAUCCCAGGUGGUACUAGCGGCGAAGGACCAGAAGUGAGUAGAUUGUUUCCUCUACAUCACAUGAGCCUCCUGCACUUUCAGUUACUGAAGGGACAAUAGGUACUGAUACCAUCCCUUUGCAGCUACCCUUCCUAGAUCUUGAUGUCCCUAUUGCUAUCAGGAAAGGUUCUGCUAAUUUGUGGAKAAACAUUGCAUCCAUCACGGAUUCUAUUUUCACUUAUGUUUGGAAGUCCUACAGCAAUUCCUUCUAAUAGUCCUCAUCUACGGCGUUCUGGUAGCAGGCCUAUUUUGUCUGACCUAGGUAUCAAAUUGAAAGGUGAAGCUGGAAACAAUUUUGAAGAAGGUUCUGUGAACCUGGGAGAAUUGUUUGAAAUGAAAACUGCAAAUUCUCCAAUGCAGGUGGCUGCAAUAAUGCCAUUCCCAAUCCUUCUACGGAGAUUCAAGGUUUUGCUGUUUAUUGUCUGGGGYUUUGGUUGUUGCAAGAUUGGCUGGGAUUCUGUCAUGAGAAUGAGUGUGGAUUUACGGGAUUUGUUUUUGUAUGAAGCUUUCUUGUAUUAUAAUCCUCUCCUUCUUGUGACUAUGAUGGUUUGGCUUUGGGGAGUUAAUCUAUGGGUUUUUGCUCAGUCUGGUGUCAGUUACAUGAAGAUAUUUGACCUUGAUCAGAACCAUCUUACUCAUAGGGAAAUAUGGAAGUCUGCAACAUGGAUGACAAUUAUUGUCCCAACUAGCAUGACAGCUUAUCUUUAUCUCUACUCCCAUGGAGAAGUAUCAUUGGCUGCCUCACAACCAGUACUCUUGUAUGCCAUUGUUGUAAUGGUACUUUUAUUUCCCUUUGAUAUUUUUUAUUUAUCGUCUCGCUACUACUUGUUGAGGACACUCUGGCGGAUCUUUCUUCCAUUACAGCCAAUUUCAUUUUCAGACUUUUUCUUGGCGGAUAUCCUAACUUCCAUGGCAAAGGUAUUUUCAGAUUUGGAGCGUUCGGUUUGUCGGAUGGUCCAUAGACAGGUUGCUACAAUUGCAUGGUUUGAAGCUGAUUCUGUGUGUGGCAGUCAUUCCAUUGCUAUCCCACUGGUGCUUGUUUUCCCUUAUAUGUGUCGUUUUCUGCAGUGCCUGCGACAGUACAAGGACACCAAGGAGAAAACCACUCUUUUAAAUGCUUUAAAAUAUUCAACGGCUGUCCCAGUGAUUUUUCUCUCAGCCCUUAAAUAUCACGUCCUCCCUGAUAGGUGGACAAAUAUUUUUCGCCCCCUUUGGCUUCUUUCAAGUGUUGUAAAUUCGCUCUACUCAUUUUACUGGGAUGUGGCCCGUGAUUGGGACUUGAGUGGCUUCACUCGGAUUUUCAAGUUCAGCAAACAGUAUAUCUGCUCAAACCUAUUGUAUGGACGACAAUGGGUUUACUUUUGGGUGCUAGGAAGCAACCUUGUCCUCCGUUGUACUUGGACAUAUAAGCUGUCUGCCCAUCUUCGCCAUAACUACCUGACUGUUUUUACUAUCACGGCCUUGGAGAUUCUUCGACGCUUCCAGUGGAUUUUCUUCCGUGUGGAGAAUGAGUGGAAUAAAAUUAAGUCAGGCAUGCAGGUAUCCAUGAGUGACAUCCCAAAGGAGGAAGACAAAUUAAUUGGUUCCUCAAACUAAACAUAUAAGCUACUCAAAGGGGUAUAUUGCCCUAUAAUAGCAUCAAUUUGCCCCCUUAUAAUGAUAUUUAAUGGUUAAUUGGGUAUCUCUUGUUUUAAUUGCUGUAAAUCAGUUGGUAUUUUUUUGAUUGAAGGGUUUCUGUUUUGGAGGAUGUAGUAGUGAUCUCAGUGUCUUACAGGUGCAGUAAAACAUCACUGUCAAAUGAUGUUGGCAUGUUGCGCAA